ACGACUUAUCAGGGUGUGCUUACGUCGGCUAUUCCGUUGGGUUAGCGUGCUCGGAGCCUUCCGUGCGUGACUUCGCCGACCUCUCCGCGUGCGAAAGAUGUCUGCUCAGACUCAGCAGCCUCCCGCGGCAUGGAAGGCCGCUAAGCCUUUUGUCAACGGUGGUCUGUCGGGUAUGAUGGCGACCUGCAUCAUCCAGCCAAUCGACAUGGUGAAGGUCCGCAUCCAGCUGGGUGCCAAGGGUGGACCGUUGGCUGUCGGUGCGGAGAUUGCACGCAAGGAGGGUAUCGGCGCUCUUUACAGGGGUUUGAGCGCCGGAUUGCUGCGCCAGGCGACGUAUACCACGACCCGUCUCGGGGUUUUCAACGUUAUGUCUGAAGAGCUGAAGGCCCGUAACAAUGGCAAGAACCUGCCAUUGUGGCAGAAGGCUGUUGCAGGUCUAUCGGCCGGCGGCAUUGGCGCUUUGGUGGGCUCGCCCGCUGACCUAACGCUCAUCCGUAUGCAGGCGGAUUCAACCCUGCCCGUGGAGCAGCGCCGUAAUUACAAGGGCGUUGGUGAUGCAUUUAUUAGGAUCGUCCGUGAGGAUGGUGUUGCCGGCCUUUUCCGUGGUGCUGCGCCGACGGUGGUCCGUGCGAUGUCCCUGAACAUGGGUAUGCUUGCGUCUAACGACCAGGCAAAGGAGAUGAUCGAGGCUGCCGGAUUCGAAAAGGGUGGCAGUGCUGCCGUGCUUGGCGGUGCAUUCAUCGCGGGUUUCCUCGCGUCUGCCUUCAGUUUGCCAUUCGACUUCAUCAAGACGCGCUUGCAGAAGAUGACUCCCAACCCAGAUGGCUCGAUGCCGUACAAGGGUCCAAUUGAUUGCGCAAUCCAGACGCUCAAGAACGAGGGGCCGCUCAAGUUCUACACGGGUUUCCCGACUUACUGCAUCCGUAUUGCGCCUCACGUGGUGUUCACAUUGGUCUUCGUGGACAUGCUGCCAAAGCUGCAGAAGCCCUUCGGCCUAUAAAAGGCAGUCAGAUGGUUAUCCUUGGCUUGUCGUCAUCCUUUUCGUGAAUGCAUGUGUACAUGGCGGUGCUGUGCCAUCUAGUACCAGCUUGUGAGCACUGCGACUUGACUGACGAGUGACAUGAAUUUCCUGCUAUCCUCCUAAGUUCAUACUGCAAUACGAUGUCCGAUGCUGCUCCUGUAGUCGCACUUGACUUGACACCGUAACACGGUGGACGGCUGUGAGUCUACAUUUCGAGGCGUUUAACAAAACAUGAGUUCUAAUUUUUGCUGCGGAGCUUGCCGCCCGCAGCCAAUUUUUAUCUGUGUUCACGCAAAUUGCGUGACGUUUGAAGUAGGGUCGCUCCAGGAUUGCCUAGAAAGGUGUCCAUUCCUUCAAUAUAGUCGCCAUUUUUGUUCGUGUUAAGUGUAAAAUUCGUGUAUUCCGUCCGGACGUGAUCGUCACUUGCGUGAAAGGUCAUGGUGUAACACAAUUGUCCGUAAAA